AUGAGGUUCUCACAAUCUUUCGUGGCUUUGGCCAUGGCCUUGUCAAGUGCUCAGGCCCUGACUAUGAACUCUGAUUCUUGCUUAAAUGCCGUUACCGCAGUUUCAAGUAAAACAUAUGUACCCGACUGCAAGGCUUAUCUAUAUACCACCGCGACACCCAAGAAAGUGACUAUCUAUAGGACAAAGACUGUAACAAGCAUACCGACAGUCAGGAAAUCCGUAACGGCAAUCAACACCCAGCUUGUCACGGCCACAAGAACCAACUCUGUCGUGCAGAGUGUUAUGAUCGAUGUCACUACAACUGUGGCAAUGGAUGGUACCAAGACAGUUAUUCAGCAGACCACAAAGACAUUCACAACGACUGCCGAGAAUGUCAGCUCACCAUUCAGGAAGCGAGCAGCUAAUGCCCCUGUCAUCCCUUCUUACGCCAACAGCGCGUGCAGCAACUCGGCUAAGUACUCGUCUGCAUGUUUGCGUGUUGGUGUUACCAGUAAGACUAUUACCCUUCCCCAAACGAAGAUUGUUUCAGUCAUUCAUAAGAUUAUUAUUGCACAGAGGAGUAGGAUCAAGACAGCUAUCGCCACGGCCUACGCCACCAAAACAGCCAAGACAGAGAUUGUUCGGCAGACUUAUUCCACCGAGAAGAUCAGUAAAGUUGUUGGGACACAAUUAAAGAAUAACAUCAUUGCCACCAAGACCAAGGCAGCUGAUCCACUACAAACGAUUCUCCUCAUCGCACACGACAGCGGUGAUCCUGACCUCGCCUCCCUCGGGGGUGUUGGUUUCGUCCAUCUAGAGAACCAAAUCGGCACUGGAAAAUACUUCCUCAACUUCACAGCUGACGUUGACACCGAUCUAACCUUCACACUCAACCAUCACACAGGAGAAUUUAAAGUCGUCAACGGACCCGGAAGUUCGAACGGAAAGGCCGCUUACUCUAAUGUCAACGGAAGCUCGGACAACUAUGUGCGCUUCAUGUCAACUGAGGAAGCAACAGCUAAUGCGGCGAACUCUUUGAUCUGUAAGAUUAUCCCAGCGACUUCGUACCCCCUGGGCCUUCAGUGCUUCUGGGGGGAUGAUCAGAUUGCUGAGUUUUGGACGUGCUCUUCACGACUGGUGCUUGUGCAGGCGGGAGUGGAUUUCACGAGUGAGUGUACGGGUGCUUCUCCCUCUUAUAACAUUGACAUAGAGGUCCGUUUGGCUUAG